AUGAGCGGUAGGGGCCUGGCUGACAAGGACGAGCAGCAGCACACUGCUAACUUCAAGAGCUUCCUUGACAGUGGGGACGGGCAGAAGCCAACGAUCGCCAAUAUCCCCAAGAAGGUCUCGCUCUACUCCAGCCUGCCCAGCUUCAAGGACAUUCAGGAAGACUCCAGACCCUUCCUCCUGAUAUGCAAACUUCGACAGUGCUCCAAGUUUGUUCGACAGGAGGAUACAGAGCUGAGGAAGGUCAAGCACAUGAUCCUGUACCAGCUUUUGGAUUACAUUAACUCAUCUAACAACAUCUUUCCAGACAUCGCCGUCCCAGACUUUUUUGCAUGCGUUAGCGCAAACAUCUUCCGUGCCACGGCGAAGCCUGCCUGUGACAAUUAUACCUGGGACAACGACGAGGACGAGCCAGCUAUAGAUAACAACUGGUAUCAUCUGCAGUUUAUCUACGAGCUACUCCUGCGAUUCAUCUUUGCAGCUAAUCAGCAUCCCCAGCACUCGGAGUAUCACAAAAGUGUUAAGAAGUUCAUCGACACGGAGUUCAUUCUGAAGCUUCUUCAACUUUUUAACACGUCCGAUCCUCGGGAGCGUGACUACGUGAAGACAAUCUUACACAGAAUCUACGCUAAUUUCAUGAUGAUGCGCUCCUAUAUUCGGAGCAUUAUCAAGUCAGAGAUCAUGUGCUACAUGAACUAUUCUCAACGUCACAACGGUAUUUGUGAAAUCCUGGAGAUACUUGGAUCUAUUAUCAACGGAUUUGCCACUCCCCUCAAAGUGGAGCACAUCUCUUUCAUGGCGCAGGUCCUCCUUCCAUUGCACCGUAUUAUGUAUGUCAAGACAAUACUGCCGCAGCUCAGCUACUGUGUAUCUAAGUUUGUUGAGAAAGACCCCACGCUCUCUGCCGGCGUGGUCAUGGGCGUUCUGAGCUAUUGGCCGCGCCUCUCCAACCAGAAGGAGGUCAGCUUUUUGCAGGAGUUGGAGGAACUUCUGGAGGCCAUACCCCCUGAACACUUGGUUACCACUGACACGUCAACAUAUGUUCGGUUCAAGACAAUUACUCAGAGCCAGAGCAGCACUGAGGAGCAGGCGACUAUCACCAGUAGUGACCUCAAGAAGCCAUCGUCUGCAUUUACGAAGAACUCCUGCCCCCAUGACUUUGUGCCUAAGCUCCCAACCUUCCCUACGCCGAAGCUUGAUCUGGCGAUUUUCGACUUAAAGCCAGAUUUCUUGCAGGAUAUCAAGAAAUUCAACGUUUACAAGUCCAUCUUCUAUCACAUUUCUCAGUGCAUCUCCUCCUCUCAUUUUCAGGUUGCCGAGCGGGCACUAAAUAUGCUUCUCAACACCAAGAUUGCCAACCAUCUCAAAUUUGCAACGGCAAGCUAUCAGAAGGUGGCCGAUAGCUAUGGGGUAGUUGUAACCAGCAAAAACUGUGUGUUUUUAAACGACUAUAAUUUCCCAUACACCCUUGCAAAGCCUCUCAGCUUCAAUGCACAAAAUUAUUGGAGCCAAAACAUUCGCGCACAGUCAGAGUCGCUUUUCAAAGUGUUGGCUGAGGCGUACCCCGACGUUUGUAAAAGUGUUGACGACAUGUUCUUCCAAGAACUGAUUGCGCACGAACACCUGAAGACUGCACGGAGGCAAAAGUGGGAUGACAUUGCCAAGCUCUGCGACAAGAGCUUAGGGGGAUCAGGAGAACUCUCUGAAGAAUACUUGCGUCGCAUGAAUUUUGUUGAGCAACGAGACAUGAUUGGAGAGUGCGUUGAUGAGGACGAAGAACUCGGCAGUAUGCAGUCAGGAACUAGCACUGCAAAUUACCUGAGCCUCAACGCAUUCACGUGCGGAGACAAUGUCCAUGAGAUAGAAAGCUGCGGCCCCGCAAGUCAAAGCAACACAGAGCUAUGGGGCGCGGAAACACACAGCCACGAGCCAGCCAUGCUGGAGUCUGACUAUCCCAUCAAGGAAAUGUCCCUCAACCCUAACACAAUACCGUUCGACCGAUUGAGGACUGCAUUUGUUCCUGGAUACAAGGAGGAGCUUGUGCAGCCUGGAAAUGUUGCACUGGCCAUGGUUCCCGUGGACCCUUUGAACCGCACCAUCGGAUGUGGUCUUAAAGCGUACAACUUGACCGUUUCUCGUUUGCGCCGCUUGGUGGAGCUAGUCAAUGAAGAAGCCAGAGGUGGCAACUUCGAUAAGCUUCCGAUUAAGAAUAUCGCGCUUAGAAAUCAACUUCUGACCCCUCGAAGUGAGCCCCUCGCCACUGACGCUGACGCAAAGGUCACCAUCGCAGCUCCUGCGAACAGCAAGAAGUUGGCCUCUCGACGCACAACCACUAACCAAGCGCCUGCAGGAGGAGUCAGGCGAAAGUCAAUGACUCCCCUAACGUUUGAGGUAAAGGUGGCGAAGGAUGAACUUAAGAAUUACGUGUCCCCAUCAGAAGGCAUCAGCAGUCACGUCGAAAGUAAAUAA